CUAAAAUAUGUUGUCACAGACUCACAAUGCCCCCCCAAAACCCCCCUAAAAACCUAACCCCUUUCUCACGCGACCACCCUGGCCUUGGCACCUUCGACCUUUGAAGUCCGAUCUUCCACCUUCUUCCGCCCCUUUCUCUCUCCUCCAAGUUCUCUCUGCCUUCGCCGCUGGACACUUAGCAAGGGACAAUCGGAGUGGAAACCGCGAUCCCCACAUUUUAUCCGCCGGAAUCCCGCCGCCGCGGCAGCCGGACAACCGCUUUUAAGAAGGGUAUAGAGACUGAAAAUGGCUACUGAACAAAAGGCAGAAGGCACUGAACAAACCAAUGGUGACAAUCCGGAUGUUGGGUUUGUAGAAAAAGUUGAAGCAAAGUAUCACGAGCUGAGACAGCAUGCUGAAACCUACCCUUAUGUGUGGGCAUCAUAUACGGUUGUUUAUGGUGGAUUAGGGCUUUGGUUCGCAUACAGAUGGAGGAAGCUCCGAAAGACUGAGGACAGAGUCCGAGUUCUUCAAGAGCGUUUGCGUCAACUAGCUCAAGCCGAGGAGUCUACUAGUAGCAGUUCUUCUGUACCCCCUAAAUUGGAUAAACCACCCAAGUAAUCGUUCGUUGAGAUUGCUUAUCAACUUCAAGGAGCAAUUUUGUGAAUUUAAUCUAGAUAGCAAUGCCUUGGUUGAAUUCGGAAAAAGGGAAAGAAGACAAAGUUUUGGUUUUCUGGAUGAGUAAUUGGUUCGUUUAUGCCAACUUAUAUAUGUAAACACAGGUCCGAAUCUUACAUACAUGGCAUUUUUUGCCGACUGUUUGAAAUGGCGAAAAAGCUGUGAAGCUCCCACUAAUUUGCUUGGAGACUGUCAUUUUUGCUAGCAGUUAACUCGAGUGAUUGCAUUGAUUUUGGCACUUCAAUAUUAUUGUAUCCCGAGAGGGUUUUGUCUUCUUGUAGUAUAGUCCAAAAGAUUGUUAGUUGGAUUUUUGGUAGCUUUUUAUGAGCUUUUGCGUUACCAAUUUCAGAAUGUAGAUGUGUUGAAGUCAUGGCAAUGACUGUAAUUUGUCAUCUGAUUUUAUAUGAAUGCAUAAACAUACAAUAAAAUUAACGAGCGUGUCUCUUGUGUUCUCUUGGAGAAUAAA